AUGGAUGUUCUCACCCGUGACCUGCAUCACCACCACCUGGCGCGGCUCCUCCACCUGGUGCCGCACCUCCAUGCCGCCUUCCUAGAGAACUCCUUCCUGCUGCCGCUCUUCUUCUCGUGCGUUAGCUCCGCGGCCAAGCGGCACGCAAGGCUGCUUCUGCUGUGUCUGCAGCGGCGCUUUGGGUCUCUGUGCCCGCGCGAGGUGCACCUUCACGUUCUCUCUUUCCUGUCAUUUCCUGAGUUCGCUGCCGCGCCUCCCGGCCCCAUUCGCCGGCAACCGUCACUCCAUGCCGGCAGCAGAAAAAGGGCACGCGCAGAGAUGGAGGGGCCUGUGCCGCCGGGACACCCAAAACCGACGCCCACAGACGCGGCAGUGGAGAGAGAAGCGGAAGGGGUGGUUGCCGUGGACGGGGAGGAAAGGACACUGAAAUCCUCGCCGCAGACCGAAACUGCGGAAGUUGAGGAAGAACCAUCCGCGACGGAGUUCUUGUUUCAUGUUCGUCCACCGGUAGAAGCUGCGCCUGCGAGUUCUGCGAAGACGACGACACAUUUGUUUGUCCGUAUGGUUUCCGAGUCCGUGCACAACGAGGAAACCAUGAAUCGUUUUUUUGGCCGUUACGGACAAGUAUCAUGCACGCUGUUGCAGCAACAAGAGCAACCGAAGCAGCAGCAGCAGCAGCAGCAUCAGGGCAGUGUGGAUGUGGGCCACACGGAGGCUACGGUGGCUGUUGUGCAGGAUUUUAUUGUUUCGGUUGACUCCACAGACAACGCCCUGAAGGCCGUACGCAGUGCUUACUACCCCGAGUUGGCGUUUAUAGCGUUUCACAACCCCGCCUUUGACGCAUACACUUUGGCGGAUCUGGAUCGUGUGCUGCACGAUGUGUCUGUAGAGAUUGUCGGAGGUCCACCGCCUGAAGCUGCUACCGAAGCGGAGGAUGAAAAGGAUGGCGCGAACGCGUUGCCUCUGCACGCAUUUGUCCCUGAUGUCGUGGUGGACGGUCUACCGUACUGGCUCACAGUGGACCAGCUGCGUGUUUCCUUCUCCGAGUACGGGCGCGUGGAGGACGUGCGCAUCGCCAUCGACGAUAGGAGCGGCUCCUUCACGGGAGCCGCGCUGCUGCGCAUGUCCUCUGUGGAGGAGGCGAUUGCGGCGUCAGAGGGCCUUAACGGCGCGGUGUUGAAGGAUCACUCACUUGUAAGCGGUGUGCUGGACGACCAUCUGAAUAUUGUGUCGCUGCGUCAAGGCACCAUCAUUCGCCAGGCGGACGAGCUGCUCCCGGCGGACUACGACAUCAGUGAGAACCACCGAAGGUGGGUGUGA